AGUUUAAAAAUGAAGUACCAAAAGCAGAAUGUGCUACUUGGGCAGACAGGUGCCAGGCACACCUACAAGGAUCUCACAAGCAGCAACAGCACAAAAAAUAUAAUUGCAACAAUUGAGAGGGAGUUUCCUUGGUGGGGUGAGUUGCACAGGUGGUGGCACACAAAUCCUGCCUACAACAGCACCUGGAGUGCUGCUGAUAGUGGGCAGGAUUUCACUAGGCAUGUGGUUGAACUCUUCAAGCUGUGGCCAAAC